CGGUGGAUAAUUUUUUUUCAAAAAUAGGCGCUUGUAUUUUAGCAUCCCCUUCGAAUUCAUGUUUGCGCACAAGCAAACACUCAAAUCCUUGUAGCGCGCGCACUGCCCGUGAAACAAUUCGUCAGUUCAUUUCAAAACCAACGGGAGGUGGUGUAGCUCGCUCCUGAUUCCCAUGCCCGCCCGUUCCCUCCCCACACUCGUCGGGCUCCGGUCCGCCGCCGCCGCCGGCGGCUUCUCUGCGGCGCCCUCUCGCGGGUGCCCGCUCCACGCCGCGCUAGCGCGGCGCGGCGCCCCCGCUGCCGCCGCGCUCGCCCUCUACUCCCGCAUCCGCGCCGCCGCGUCGCCGACCCCAUACACCUUCUCCCUCCUCCUCGCCUCCCUCGCCGCCUCCUCCUUCCGCUCCCCAUCCGCUGGCGGCUGCGGUCGCCUCGCCGCCGCGGGGCUCGCGCACGCGCAGGCGCUGAAGUGCGGCGCGCUCGCGCACCCCGUCGUCACCAACUGCCUCCUCAAGCUCUACUGCGCGCUCGGCCUCCUCCCCGACGCGCGCAGGGUGUUCGACUCGAGCGGCGCUGCGGACGCCGUCUCCUGGAACACAAUGCUGUCGGGCUACGGCAAGAGCGGCGACCUUGCGGCCGCGCGGGAAAUGUUCGGCAGAAUGCCAGAGAGGGGCCUGGUUUCCUGGAGCGCGAUGGUCGACGCAUGCGUGCGCUCCGGGGAGUUUGGCGAGGCGCUGAGGGUGUUUGAUCUGAUGACAGGGGAGGGGUUUAGGCCCGAUGUCGUGGUGCUGGUCAGCGUGCUCAAGGCCUGUGCGCAUCUGGGCGCCGUUGAGAGGGGGCGGUGGGUUCAUAGGUUUCUGGAAACAGAAGGAUUUGGGGGGAGGCUAGGGAAUGUCAUGCUUGAGACAGCGCUUGUGGAUAUGUAUUGCAAGUGCGGGUGCAUGGAGGAGGCGUGGCGAGUCUUCCAUGGAGUUCGGAGCGGCGAUGUGGUGUUGUGGAAUGCAAUGAUCGGUGGGCUUGCGAUGAAUGGCCAUUGCGAGCGUGCACUCGAGUUGUUCAGAAGGAUGCUUGAGAAGGGUUUUGUGCCGAAUGAGUCAACGUUCAUCGUUGUUUUGUGCGCAUGCACCCACACUGGGCGUGUGAAUGAAGGAAAGGAGGUUUUUGGGUCAAUGCGGGACCAUGGUGUUGAGCCACGGAGGGAGCACUACGGGUGCUUAGUUGAUCUCCUUGGCCGUGCAGGGCUUGUCGAAGAAGCUGAGGCUGUGUUACUGGACAUGCCAAUGGAGCCACACGCAUCACAGUGGGGGACACUGAUGUCAUCAUGCCGUAUGCACAACAACAUUAAUGUGGGUGAACGUGUAGGGAAGCGGCUCAUUGAGCUCGAGCCUGAAGAUGGAGGACGCUAUAUUGUUUUGUUCAACCUAUAUGCAGUCAAUGGUUUAUGGGAAGAUGCAAGAGCAGUUCGGCAGAUGAUGGAGGAGAGGGGAGCGAAGAAGGAGACGGGUUUGAGCUUCAUAGAGUGGAAUGGUUUGGUACAUGAGUUCAUGUCGGGUGAUACUAGACAUCCCCAAACAAGGCUGAUCUAUGCACUUUUGGAAGAUAUGGAACGGAGGUUGCAGCUGAUUGGCUAUGUCAAGGAUACCAGCCAAGUGCUUAUGGAUAUGGAUGAUGAGGAAGAUAAGGGCAAUGCCUUAUCCUACCACAGCGAGAGGCUGGCACUAGCAUUUGGUAUCCUAAACAUUCCUCAUGAUAUGCCGAUUCGUAUUGUCAAGAAUCUUCGAGUGUGCCGCGACUGCCAUGUGCAUGCCAAGCUUGUGUCCAAGCUUUACCAGCGUGAGAUCAUUGUGCGCGACCGCCAUCGCUUCCACCUGUUCCAUGAUGGGGCCUGCUCCUGCAAUGACUAUUGGUGAAAAUAGCUUUACACUAUAGAGCAUAGCAUUGACAUCGACAUCAUCCUGAAAACAGCCACUAAAAAGGGUUACCAUAAUACGGAACGCAGUUACAACCAAGAUGGAUGUGGUGGAUAAGAGAAAUCAUGGUUUGCCAAUGCGCUCUUGUGGGGACCUGUAUCAUCAAAUUUAAAGAGAAAAGGAUCUCGUACUUUCUGUAGUGUUGAUGCAUUCUGCAUUUCCUGAUGGCCAAUGUACGUGGAGGACCACUAACCGUUUGCUGCAAAAAUUCCUACCUCUGAUGGUUCACGCAGAUUGGAGUCCCAAUAUUUGGUCAGUUUGGUUUUGGCAAUACUGAAGAGCUAGAAACAACCGAAUGCCUUGCUGAUCCCCGGGGCUGGUUUCCGAUGGUUGACAUAGGCAAUCGUGAUCCUGGAAUUCAUCUUCUGACCCUGGUAUCAAGUUACACCCUUGAGAAAUGGAAAAUUUGGUGUAAGGACAAGUGCCAGCCCAACCUCCAUCAGGCAGCUCGAUUCAAUGUCAAGCAUAAGUUGAUGCUAAGCCUGGAGUGUGGAGGUUAUCCCGAGCUUGUUGAAGGAUCAAGAGCAGCCGAACGGCUGAUGUUUAAUAGGGAAUCCCUGGGAGAGUCUUGCUGCUGUAAGCAUGAAGAUGGCGAGUGGGCCGCAAUGCGGAUUCAGAGUUGACGCUUGGUGAUUGAUUCUGCCGGAGGAAUGAGGGAAGUAGCACUACUGCACUAGCUGUUGUCACUCCGUCAAGGUAGCAGGUUCUGGGUGCCGUUGAUGAGAAACAGUAAACUCCGGUACGUUCGAUGCAUCUGCUAUGCUCAACAACUACAUCUUCUAUAGACUCUAGAGAGAGAGAAAUGGUUGAUCGGCGGCGUAGGUAAGCGGCGGCGUCACAGCCAGAAGGGUGGGAGAGUGGAAAUCUUCCUUCUGAAGCCACCGGAGCAAGGAAAGCAUCAACCCGAGGCUUCCAGACACCAGAAUCUCCUCCCGAUUUCUUCCACCUUCGUUAUUCUUCGAAACCCACCCAAUCCAUCCACCCCUGUCCUGCUCUGUCUCUCUCUCCCCAUGGACUACUCGGGCGGCGCUUCGGCGUCGGGGAGGACGCGGGCGCGGUGGUGCUACUGCCGCUGCUUCCGCCGGUGGUGCCGCUGCUUCUGCAGCUGCUACUGCUGCAACUGCUUCCCCGACGAGCCCGACGACGAGCCCCGCGGCGCCGCCUAGGGCGUUCGGGCUCUCCGCUUCCCUCCGUGCUCCCAGGGACACUUGCAUGUAGGCAGAUGAGCUCCAUGAGGAAAUGUACGAGUGUUGUCGUCAUGUACACCAGGCAAAUAGCCACCUUGCUGUUUAAAGAUGUGGAAGAUGUGUACCUUCAGGCUUUUCUCCUUUGUAUCUUUGCUAUGCAAGAAUUGUAUUACUUAUCCUGUGACGAGGCUGUUUAAAGUACUUUGCUUCUUAUAAGGUUAGUUAGAACUCCCAAUGAUGGCGGGAAUCAAAGAUGUACUAGUAAUACUUGCUAAUCUGUGUAUCAUGGUUAGCUAAACCAAAGUUAAAUACUGCUUGUAAUAUACAACUGGUACUUCUACACAUUCAUCGGGGUGUACAUAAAGUGAAUUAUAUUGGCCCUUUCUCUCUCAA